UUUGCUCCCUCAUCAACUAGGGUCCAUAGUGAUUGUGCACAGUAAGUGAGUGAGGGAGGGAGUAAGAAAGUAAGUAACAAAGGCCGAAUCACUUCGUUCUCGGAACGGGUCGAGGUCGGGGACGACGACAAAGUCGGGGAUAUGGGGGCAGGACCCACGAUCUGGAUUGCCGUCUUCCAUGCUUGUCUGUAGCUUUUGAGAGAGAUUCAGAUCGUGGAACCGUGGAAAGCUACGGGCUUUGCUGAGUGGGACGCACUCACGCCACAGACUACGUCCAUUGUUGUCUGCACGCGCUGCUACUGCUGCUGUUUGUUGGUAGCACCAGAUUUGCACAGUGGGGCAAUGGACAGACUUAAGAGUUUACUUCAAAAACCGGAAAAUCGAGUGUGUGCAGAUUGCGGGGCUCCAGAUCCAAAAUGGGCAUCAACAAGUAUAGGAGUGUUUCUGUGUAUCAAAUGUUGUGGGGUACACCGCAGCCUUGGCGUACACAUCUCGAAAGUUGUUUCUACGACACUGGACACUUGGUCAGAUGAGCAAGUUGACCUCAUGGAGGCAAUUGGUGGUAAUGCAUCAGCUAAUUCAGUCUAUGAAGCUUGCAUACCCUCUGGUACUCGAAAGCCUCCUCCCAAUGCCUCCGUUGAAGAACGCUCUGAGUUUAUAAGGCGGAAGUAUGAGGAUCAAGACUUUUUGAAACCCAACCUGCGAAUGAAAUCACAAUCCACUUCUCGUGCAAGGCCUCCUACUGGACUAGAAACAGACGACCUAUCAGCACCUAGUGACAGGGCUCCAGUGCACAGCAGGACUUCAAGCUACAGUAACAGGGAAUCAAUCAACCGCACCAGUAGCUCAGUUGGACACAGCCAGCGUGGGAGCUCAGCUAGUAGUUUCAGGAGCUCCUCUUCCCUUGCUUUAAGUCGUAAAAGUAGUGCCUCAUUGUCCCGCACUGCUUCCAGCCCAAGCACGGCUGGCAUGGUUGAGUUCUUGGGAAUGCUGAAAGUGAGAAUCGUUAGAGGGAUAAAUUUGGCUGUCCGAGAUCUGCUGUCUAGUGAUCCCUACGUUACAGCUACCCUUGGAACACAGACCGUGAAAACCAGGGUGGUGAACAGAAACUUAAAUCCGGUUUGGGAUGAAGAGCACAUGCUGUCUGUACCAAGCCCUCCUCAGCCACUCAAACUGCAAGUGUUUGAUCACGACGUCUUCUCAGCUGAUGAUUCAAUGGGAGACGCAGCAAUCGAUCUAAAUCCGCUCAUUCUAGCUGCACAAAUGCAUCAAGGAAUGUUUGAAGAGUUUGGGUGCGAGCAAAUAGGACGGUGGCUGGCCACAAAUGACAAUGCGCUUGUGAAGGACAGUAACAUCGAGGUCAUCGACGGACAAAUCAAACAGGAUGUGCAUCUCAAGCUUUGGAAUGUGGAGAGGGGUGAGAUCGAAGUCUCCCUUGAAUGGGUCCCUCUUAAUGGGAUUUAGCCGUGUGCUAGUGCAUCAUGCUCACACCACCAACAUAUGUUGUAGUUCACUAUAAAACCAUCUCCUUAAUCAUUGUUAUUUUUAUUUUUAUUUAUUUUUCUUUCUAAUGCUGUGUUCAUUCCUUCGACUCGCACAAAGAUCACAUCCUUGUGCUGGCAGUGUGGGAAAACAGCAGAAAUGGUAUGUGCAAAAUACCUAUCUAAGCACAAGGGUUGUACUUCUUGCCUAUUCUUAUCAGCAGAGCCACCGAUUUCUGCCUCACAUUGGCAGUUAAUGAUUUACUUGGCUUCGGAAUCUCUGCACCAUGUGUAAACAAAAUUGCUGUUGCAACGCGUAAUUUCAACGCGGAAAAACCGAGUUUGACGCUAUUCCUUU